UUCGGGCGCCAAUGCCACUCUUUUAUUGGUGUAUCGUCUAUUUCCAACACAUUUCUCCUUCCUAUUUUGUUAUCCCCCCUUAACAACCCUCCCCGGUCUUUCAUCCCGGAGCUCCAUCCUACCGCCUCCCCCCAGAUCGCAGUGAGCCUGCAGUGGCCAUGGCCGAUCACCGCACCAAGACGGAGAUCUCCUUCGCCGGAAGGUUCGCCAGCAGCGCCAUCGCCGCCUGCUUCGCUGAGCUGUGCACGAUCCCUCUUGACACUGCAAAAGUGAGGCUUCAGCUGCAGAAGAAAGCAGCUACAGAUGCCAUGGCCAUGCCAAAGUACAGAGGAAUGCUAGGAACUGUUGCAACCAUCGCAAGGGAGGAAGGAAUGACAGCACUUUGGAAAGGCAUCGUGCCUGGUUUGCAUCGCCAAUGUCUUUUUGGAGGUUUGCGGAUUGGGUUGUAUGAGCCGGUAAAGUCCUUCUAUGUUGGUGAAAAUUUUGUGGGAGAUAUUCCUUUGUCCAAGAAAAUUCUCGCUGGUCUUACAACUGGUGCCUUGGCGAUUACUGUGGCAAAUCCAACUGAUCUAGUGAAAGUACGACUUCAAGCGGAAGGGAAGCUUCCACCUGGUGUACCAAGACGGUAUUCAGGAGCAUUGAAUGCUUACUCCACAAUAGUCAGACAGGAAGGACUUGGGGCUCUCUGGACUGGUCUUGGUCCUAAUGUUGCACGUAACGCAAUUAUAAAUGCUGCUGAGUUGGCUAGUUACGAUGAAGUCAAACAGACAAUUCUGAAAAUCCCUGGAUUCACAGAUAAUGUUUUUACUCAUCUUUUGUCUGGUCUGGGUGCUGGUUUUUUUGCUGUUUGUAUUGGUUCUCCUGUUGAUGUGGUGAAGUCAAGAAUGAUGGGAGAUUCAGCCUACAAAAGCACACUUGAUUGUUUUGUGAAGACAAUGAAAAAUGAAGGGCCUUUAGCUUUUUACAAAGGUUUCCUUCCAAAUUUUGGUCGACUCGGAUCAUGGAAUGUGAUCAUGUUCUUGACAUUGGAGCAGGUCAAAAAGUUAUUUGCAAGAGAAGUGCCAGUUUAAAUUUUUUGCCUACUCUCCUAUUUCUGGUGAGUUAAAUAAGGCUUUUUCUUGAGGCAACUUUGUAAAUUAAUGGGGGUAUUGAAGAAACUUCAUGGUCUUCCUAGAUGCUCCAUCAGUAUGCAAAAUGACCCUUGAAUUAAUACAUCUUCCUACGGGGAACAAUAAUUUCAGCAACUUUAGCUGCUUAUUUAUUUAUUUCUAAUGAAACGAGUUCCUGUGCCACAUCAUUUAUUGCUUU